CAGGGAAAAUCUUGCUGCAACUGUCUGAGUAGCCAGUCAACUACGUCUGUACUAGGGUUAUUGGGAUGCGAUCAUAAUUUGAUGCUGUAGAACAAAACGAAUUGAAUACCUAUCAAGAUCAAAUUCACCAAGCCCGACAAACGAUUGUUGAGGACGUGAGUCGCCAUGGCAGAACAGCAGAGGCAACGCUCGCUCUCCACGUCAGGAGAGACGCUCUAUCACGUGCUGGGUGUUGACAAGCUGGCCACGCCCGAUGACAUCAAGAAAUCUUACAGGAAAUUGGCGCUGAAGUAUCACCCUGACAAGAACCCAGACAAUCCGGAGGCAGCAGACAAGUUCAAGGAGAUCAACAACGCCCACGUCAUCCUGACCGACCCCACCAAGCGCAACAUCUACGACAAGUACGGCUCGCUGGGCCUCUACGUGGCCGAGCAGUUCGGAGAGGAGAACGUCAACACCUACUUUGUCCUCUCCAGCUGGUGGGCCAAGGCAUUGUUCGUGUUCUGUGGCCUGGCGACAGGCUGUUAUUUCUGCUGUUGCCUGUGCUGCUGCUGUAACUGCUGCUGUGGGAAGUGUAAACCGCGGCCCCCUGAUAGCGAUGAGCCUCAGUUCUACGUCUCCCCGGAGGACCUGGAGGCACAGGUCCAGUCAGACGAGAGAGGUGGGGUGGAUCCUAUUGUCAUGCAGCCCUCCUCGGCCACGGAGACCACCCAGCUGACAGCCGACGGGCACCACACCAGCUACCGGACCGACACAGGCUUCAACUAGACCCCCUGCCCCCCAGCCUGUCCCUUCCACUCCUCAGCUGCGAGGAGGGGGAACGAGAGGAGGGCGACGAAACGCAGAGGUCAUUCAUUGGGGAAACAGAAAGGCCGAAACGCCAGACAAACCAUCUGAACUUUCUAAGACAUGUCUCCUCUGCCAUGAAAGUAGCAGAUAUGAGCGUUUGUUUGGAAAAAGAAGAAGUUAAAAAAAUGUUAUGUUCUUUUCGUUGGCCUUUGACCUUAUGCCCCCCUCCCCUCCACUUUCUUUCCAGAAGCCCCUCCCAUACCACAUGUUGUCUCGUAGCAUGUACUGUUUCAGACAUUUUAGGUAGCUUGUUUAGUUUUUUCUGAAUCAUUUUAAUGUGCUGUUCUAGUCAUGGGUAUCUGUGUAUGUACAUAUAAAUAUACAAUGUGAGUGUGGUUUAUUCGGGCCAUGGUGGGUUAAAUGUUUUAAAUGUGUUGCGUAUGCUCUUAUAGCAUGUGUGAAGUUUUCAUGCUCUGAAAGGUGUGAUUACUCCACCCAUUUCAUCUUUGUUUUUCCCCCACCUGCCCCCAGCAGAGCCAGCAAGGGGGAAGCUGAUAGAUUUUUGUGCCCCCCCCCCCCCCCCCCCCCCCUUUUUUUUUUUUUUUGAAGCAUCUGAUGUGUGUGCAUUUGUGCAUACAUAUCUGAUGUGUGAAUGCGGUUCAACUACUCCACGCAGAGGUCUCUAUGCUAACCACUAAUUUCCUGUAUCUACCCACUUAGCACAGAAUCGUCUUGGUUUUUUGCCCCUUUGUGUCAGAUGUGAUUCUUUUCAAAAAAAGACAAGUCUUGUGUGCACACUUGAAUUCAUGCCAGGAAUUCAUGAGCUCUUUGCCCCGGGAUUGGUUCCCUGUCAACAUUCCUUUUCGCCAGUUGGCUGUCACCGGCUUCCACUGCUAAGGAAUCAGAAAAUUGGGUGUCAUGACACCCAGAGCCCCAGGAUGAGCUAGAUUUCAGCUGUGAGCUCUUUGUAUUUUGAUUUUCACGUUGUCUGAUACUAAGAGCAUGUUGCUGCUCUACAUCCAGCAACGGAGAGUGCUGUCUUUGAGCCACCCCUGUAAGCGCAGUCAGACUGACAGAUUUCAUCUGCUCAGAUCCAGAAUCUCACAGAUAAGAGCCAAAACAUGACAGAUAAUGUUGCACUAGUUCUUUCUGUAAGAUAUUUGUGAUUUCUAUUCAUUUUUGUGGCUAUAGUGAAGGUCCAUCUCCCCUGUAGAGUUUCAUAUUUCCCAGAGCAGAUAAAUUGAACUGAGCUCAGGUGGUAAAAACAGCUGAGGGGGUGGGGUGUGUGUCUGCGUUUGUGUGUGUGCAUGUUAGCGCAGGCACGUGUGUUUGUGUGUGGCAUGAAAGGCAAGGGCAUUAAGGGUGGGUAGAUUCUUCACUGCGGGCAGCCUCACCCACCUGCUGCCCCUCUCAUAACAUUGUAGCAGUGCUGCGAGAACAAUAUCUGUCAGCAGUAAUCGUGUCUCGCAGUGCAUAUAUUAGUGACAACCAGGGCAGGGGCAGAACAAAAUCAAAACUUUUAACGCUUCAGUUUCUCCAAAAUGAAAGGCCAACUAAAAAUAGCAUGCACGUUGCUCAUAUUAUUUUAUUUUUCUGUUUGUUCUCUUUGUGUUCGUUUUUUGCCUCUCCUAGAAAAAGGGUCGCUGGUUGUGUCAGCCUUGUGUGUCGGAUUCUGGACUGAGGUGUAAUGUUGCACCAUCCUUUAGCUGGAUAGAGACUUCCCUUCACUGGCUUCUGGCUUUCUGAACAGUGCAGUGAAUCUGUCAUUCCAGACUCUGCCCUCAUCCAAAGCACUGACUAUCACGAUUAAAUUCUAUGCCGAGACGUGUAUGUAUAUGUUGUUUUAUUUUUUUAAUGUUGAUAUGUGUGGUUGUUAGGUGUCAAUUUUACCGAGCAUCAUUCUGUGGCACUGUCCUGUAGAUGCCCCCUGGUGGCUGGAAGAGACCAUCACACCCUGGAAGCAAGUUCCAUCCCCCCCCAAAAAAGAUCCCAAAGUACAAGCCAAGUUUACCAUAGCAGUUUUGCCAAUUAACUACAGGAUUGUCAAUUAGUCUUGUGGGACAUUUUUUGUAAGAGAAUGCAGGUUGGCUGAAGUGAAAUGUUUCUGUCGGUUUUUAGGUCCAUAAUAAGUGUAGCUCAGAGUGGAUAGACCCUACCACUAAGUAUGUGUCACAGUGGCCAAGUUAAAUUGGGGCUGCGUUUAAAUAACGAAAAAAUACAAAAAUUGAUGGAUUUUUGCACUCUGUGGAAUACACAGCUUCUGCCAGUCAGCAGUGCCACUCAUAGUUGUUUGCAUAUAUUCUGUCUUUUUAGUGUUAUGUUUUCUUUAUGUUAUCGUGCAUGACUGGCACAGCUCGCAGUUUUACAAAUCCAGUCUUAAAGCUGGAUAUUUACUGAAGCCAUUCAGGUUCAUCACCUUGAUCAAGGGAACAACUGAAACACCUGCGAAUAAAACCUGUAUCCCACCAGGUACAGUUUCAGCUUUUACUCACAGUACCACCUUUCAGCCCAGGUCAUGUUUAUAGGCUUUUUUCCUUCAUGUUUCAGUGUAUCGAAAUGUGGAGUCCGCAGACACAUAUAUAAUCCAAUGUAGGCCAUUCAUACUAAAUUGUAAACAUCACUUAAUGUAGCUAUGGGUUUUGCACUGGUUUUUGAAUUUUUUGUUUUUUUGUUUUGUAAAUAAUUUCGGUUCAUUGUUUUGGUGUCAUGGCCAAGUGUGGGAUUUCAGUUGGCUUUGUGGAGGAUGCAUCUCUUAAAAAGCUGAAGAUGUGUGCUGAGGCUACAGAGGAGUUUUCAUAGGUGGCAUAAAAUCUGUCCUGAUUAAAUACCUUGGCACUGCAACAGUAACUCUGUAGGAUGCUUUUUUGAAGUCUCUUGUGCUGCAGGUUGUGUGUUCAUGUGUUUGUGUAGUUUGGAGCAUUUCCUCAUGCCAUUAUAGCUGCCUUGCUCCUUGCAGGUUUGGCUGCUUAAAAUGUCCCAGAUGACAACAUGCUGUUCCCCACCCACCAGCUCAUUCUUCCACAGUGCAUGUUGUUUGACCUGGAUAUACAGCAAUGCUUUAGAAGAAGCUGGGUGUUCUCCAACCAAAAUUUGGUUUCAGUUUGUUUUAAUAUAGACCUAAAACAAACCUAAAAUCAUUGAAGCUCUGAUGUGACUGGUGUAAUGUAUCUUGUGACUGGUGUAAUGUAUCUUGUUAAAACUGUCCACUUUUAACAGGGUCCAGCCCAGCUGAAGAGAAUAUGUUUGAUUCUUCUUGCCAGCCCCCUCUUUAGAGGUGUCUUUGUUGUAAUGUUUGAGUCUCUGAUGAGAAAGACUAAAUCAUGCCAUCUUAAUCUAAUUUUGUUGUAGUCUAUAUGGAUUUAUAUAUGUAUGUAUAUGUAAACAAAGUGGUGGCUGGCAAAGAGGUUUGAGAACAACUGAGAUUUGCCCCCUCCCCAGCACUGUUGGGAAA